AUGCCUCCCUCGGCACAGCUUGUCAACGGCCGCAAGACAUUUAUCCCUCUCGAGAACAACCCAGAUGUACUAGCCCACCUCUGCGAGAAUCUCGGCGUCGCCCCGGGUUUGAGCUUCCACGAUGUUCUCUCCACAUCACCAGACAUGCUCGAAUGGAUUCCCCGUCCCAUUCAUGCUCUUGUUGUCCUGGCCCAUUCUCCGAUCUACCAUGCGGCUCGCUCCGAUGUAGAACCGACAAUCCCCGAAUAUCAAGGCUCAGGUCCCGAUGAGCCGGUCAUCUGGAUGAAACAGACUAUCGGCCAUGCGUGUGGGCUUAUGGCCCUUCUGCAUUGUCUCUUCAACUACGAGGGCGGACUCUAUGUUGCACCUGACUCGGAGUUGGAUCAGCUACGAAAACGGGCGAUUGAAUUGGGGCCAGCGGAGAGGGCAGAUUUACUCUACAACUCGAAAUUCUUGGAAGAUGCGCAUAUGGAGGCUGCUUCCAGGGGAUCAUCCGUGGCCCCCUCUCCUGCGGAAGAUAACCAUCAUCAUUUUGUUGGAUUUGUUCAGAAAGAUGGACAGGUGUGGGAGUUGAAUGGAGGUAUGAACGGCCCUUUUCUUCGAGGACACCUGGAAGAGGGGGAUUUGCUCAGUGACAAGGGACUCGUAUUGACCGUGCAGGAUUAUCUCGAUGCUGCCGCGAAGGGAGGUCAUGGGGAAAUGAGCAUUGUCGCUGUAGCAGGAUAUGACGCUCAAUUACUUUAA